AUGCAUGUGGAAAGUGAUGGCUCGUUUCAGUACGGUUACUACUGGAGAGAGGCUGAUGAUUUACAUGCUGCGACUCAACAUUUCCAUGGAUUAAACCGUCUGGUGACUGCAAUUGUUGGGCAUAGUAAAGGUGCUGGAGUGGUGCUUCUCUAUGCUUCAAAAUAUAAUGACGUCAAAACUGUCGUCAAUAUCUCUGGACGCUAUGAUCUGAAGGCGGGAAUUGAAGAACGCCUCGGAAAAAAUUAUAUGGAGAGAAUUAAGGAGGAUGGUUUCAUUGACGUGAAGAGGCCAGGAAGUUCUGAUUACCGUGUGACUCUGGAAAGUUUGCUGGAUCGCUUAGAUACAAAUAUGCACGGAGCAUGCCUUCAGAUUGAUACAGAAUGCAGAUGA